UCGGCGGCAGCAGAGGCGCGAUGGCCGCCCGCGGGGGCCCUUCGGAGGUUCCUAGCUCGCGGGGCUCUCCUCGGCAGGAGCCCCGAGCCUCUCGCGCGGCGGGGCCGAGUAGCGGGGAGACUCCGCGGGCAGCGGCGCUUGCGCUGCGUUUCGACAAGCCCAUCAAACAGGCUUUCUACAACACGGGGGCCGUGCUGUUUGUGUGUCUGUGCUGCGGCGCCGCCGUGCUGGUCUACUUCAUCCUCGAGGCCUUCCUGCGGCCGCUGCUGUGGGCCGUGCUGUGCGGUACCUUCUUGCACCCUUUCAAGAGCUCGCUGACGCGCCUGGGCCGCCACUGGCUCCAGCGGCUGCACCGCGCGCACACGCCCAUCGUCCUGGCCGCGCUGCUGCUGCCGCUGUGCUUCGCCGACUACGGCGUAGAGGCCCUGGGCGAGCAGGCGCUGCGCCGCCGCCGCUUGCUGCUGUUCCUGGGCGCGGGCGGCCCGCUGCUCUACGGCCUCUACUGCCUGGGCAGCUACCUGGGCGUGCAGGUGCUGCUGGCGCACGCGGGCGUGCUCAUCUGCCGCGGGCUGGACUACUUCAGCAGCCUGUGGAUCUGGACCUUGGUAGUUGGCUAUGUGUUGACUGUUUCAUUCAAGUGGAAUACAAGUACUGAACGCUACUUGAGAGCAAUUUCAAUUCCUGUCUGGAUUAUAUUGCUUUUUCAUUUAGCAUCCCUGGCUGGCUCAUGGAGGAUUCCAGUAUUCCUGGUUAUUGUUUUCCUGAUGUCGGUGGGCACCCUCUAUGAAAAGCAGAAUGAAAAAGAGUCUGCUGGGGCAGAACUACCAGGGCAAGUAAUCUCCAUGGCAGCGUCCACUCUGGCGAACCUGGCCAUCUCCAUCACGGGGUACGAGUCCAGUGGUGAGGACCAGCCCUCCGCCCAGCCUGCAGAAACCACAGACAAGGGAGAGUCCCCUCCAACACUGUCUACAUCUUCAUCCUCUUCCCUCUCCUCACCCUCUUCCCCUUCACCUACUCUGGGCAGACAAAGGCCUGAGAUUGGAACGUUUCUGAGAAAGAAGAAAACCAGCGACAUCUACUUUGUGUCCCUCGUCUGGGCCAUCAUCGCUGUCCAGAUCUGGUUGAACCUGUGGAUUGUGCAGUUGCUGCCUGUGCCGAUCGCAGUCUGGAUAAUCAAGAAGCUUGUGAUUCACUUUGGCGUUGUGGACUUCCUGGAGAAGCGCUGCCGCGUGUGGUGGCAGGUAAUCGAGCAAUUCCUGAAGGAGCGGCAGGAGGCUUUAGCGCCGUGGCCAAUCAUUGGGCUGGGGAAAUUCCUGUUAAAAGUUGACAGCAAGCUCUGGCACUGGCUAAAUAAGAAGAUGAUCAUCUGGUUGGAGAAGAUGUUAGAUAAAAUAAUUAGCAUUUUCAUCAUAUUUUUGCUAGUAAUAGGAACCCUUCUUUUAGCUCUUCUCCUGACUGCAAAGGUACAUCAAGAAAGUGUGCAUAUGAUCGAAGUCACAAGUAAUCUGAUUAACGAGACUCUGGCAAAUCAUCCGGAGUGGGCAAAUUGGCUUCCUGAGGCGCAGGUAGUCCAAAGAGCCCUAAAUUCUGCAGCUAACAAUGUGUAUCAGUAUGGACGAGAAUGGAUAACCCACAAGCUUCAUAAAAUUCUAGGAGACAAGGUGAACAAUACUGCUGUAAUUGAAAAGCAAGUACUAGAACUCUGGGACAGACUCUAUCAUUCUUGGUUUGUAAAGAAUGUAACGCAUUCUGGAAGACACAAAGGGCACAAGAUGCAUGUAAGUCGUCAGAACAGCUGGCUUGGAGACAUUCUGGACUGGCAAGACCUUGCCUCCUUUGUUCACGAGAACAUUGAGACAUUUCUGUCGAUCUUGGAGUCGCUGUGGAUUGUGAUGAGUCGGAACGUAAGCCUGCUGUUCACUACAGUCACCACGCUCCUAACCAUCCUUUUCUACAGUGGCACUGCCCUCCUCAAUUUUGUACUCUCUCUGAUAAUUUUCCUGACCACACUGUUUUAUCUGUUAAGUUCCAGUGAUGAGUACUACAAGCCAGUGAAGUGGGUGAUAAGCCUGACACCACUGUCUCAGCCAGGUCCAUCAUCUAAUAUUAUUGGCCAGUCUGUGGAAGAAGCUAUCAGAGGGGUGUUUGAUGCCUCCCUCAAAAUGGCUGGCUUCUAUGGACUGUACACCUGGCUGACUCACACUAUAUUUGGCAUCAACAUUGUCUUCAUACCAUCAGCUUUAGCAGCAAUCCUUGGAGCAGUGCCCUUUCUGGGGACGUACUGGGCAGCGAUCCCUGCAGUUCUAGACUUGUGGCUGACACAAGGAUUAGGAUGCAAGGCCAUCCUCCUGUUGGUUUUUCAUCUCUUGCCAACUUACUUUGUAGAUACUGCAAUUUACUCUGACAUAUCAGGGGGUGGCCAUCCGUACCUGACCGGUUUGGCAGUGGCUGGGGGAGCUUACUACCUUGGUCUGGAAGGAGCAAUUAUUGGGCCCAUACUGCUCUGUAUACUUGUGGUUGCUUCCAAUAUCUACAGUGCCAUGCUAGUGAGCCCCACGAACUCAGUGCCCACACCAAGCCAGACGCCGUGGCCAGCUCAGACUCAACGGACUUUCCGCGACAUUUCUGAAGAUCUGAAGUCUUCAGUUGACUGACAUGGUUUCUUUAGGAAGUUCCACCUUGACAGAGAGUUCCACUCAGCUGGGGCCUUCUGUCCUUGCAGCUGGGCCUGGCAGCCAGCGCCCAGAAAAGGAGCAGAAGCUCCUGGCCUCAAGUGCAGAACCCCUGACAAGAGACAGCUUGCUGUGGGCACUUUGCAUUUUAAAACACAGCUUGAGAGUUCAGUCAUCUGUUCCCUCGCUUAACUGUUGCUACGAUGGCUUCACAAGUUUCACUUUAUACACUGGCUUGACUUUUUUUCACUUUAUGUCUGUUAUUAUGAUAUGUACUUAUAAAGUUAUUUUAAGAACUCUAAACUACCUGCUGUUAAAAGAAUAUACAAAGUCUGGGGAGAUAGCUCAGCCUGAGUUCCAUCCCUGGUACCGCAAGAAAAAAGAGAAAGAAAGAAAUACAGGACAA